GUUAAUUACAGCCCACUGCUGGCAACAACUCACUCUUCUACUUUCGAGUUCAGACAAAUCUUUUGCUUAACUUCUAACCAAAGCCAUUCCCAUCAUUUCUUCCCCACGCAGUAACGGUAGAAUCUCUUAUUCAAAAUUUUCUUCAAUUUUAGAUCUGAGCUCUUUUUCAAUUCCUUGUAAGUAUAUCCAAUCCUACCUCUUUCAUUUUUUCAUAUUUCUCUCUAGUUUCUUAACUGAUUUCAAGUUUUUACUACUCGGUCUUGGAAAAAAUGAAGAGAACUCAUGAAUGUAUGUGGCAUUAGUAAAUUUGGGUUUGGAUCUUUUCAUUUUUCUUGGUUGUUUUUAAGAUCUGGGUAGAUUUCAAAAUUUGGAUUCUUAAAGGUUGAGCUAAAGAACCCAUGAAAGAGACAAAUCCAGCAACUGAGCCUAUUGGGCAAAACCUGAUAAAGUUAAUAAGCAAUUUAUGUUUCUCAGUUUUUGUAUUUUCAGUUUUAAUAUUUACAGUUAUUGCUAUCACUUACCAACCUCCGGAUCCAUGGCUAGAAUCAGCUCCCGCCCUUACUAAAUUCUUUACUCAAAGUGAAAAUGCAACUUUUAAAAAUGAUAAUUCAAUUCUCAAAACUGGUGAGGAUUUGCAAUCCGUGCAAGCCCCUGCAGUACCACCUGCUUCAGUGAUUGAACCAAUAACUGAGCAAGUGAUUGAGAAAUCUGAGGAGAAAGUCACUAAUAUGACCCUCCAAUCAUCUGGUUGUGAGGAUUUGAAGGUUGUGAAUUGCUCAGAUCCUAGGGUUUUGAUAGCGGUUGAGAAGUUUAAUUUGAAGUGGUUUAAGUCAAUUGUGUUUUUUGAAUAUCAAACUCCUGUCAAUGGAUCAAAGCCAGAUGAGUGUGAUGUGGCAUGGAGGUUUCGAAACAAGAAGGAGAAGUCCUGGAGAAAGUAUAGAGAUUUUAGGAGGUUUCAGGUUGGAAUUGGAGAGAAUUGUACUUAUAAGAUUGUGCAUGCUAAUGGUUGGCAUUCGGGCAUUAAUGCUCGAAGACAAAGAAGUAGAAUUAAUACUACCAGAAAUGGUGGAAAUACUCCAAAAGUUGUAUCAUCGUUUCGUGAUGAGGAGAUAAAUGACACAAUCCCGAGCUUGGGAUCGGAGGUGAACUUUAGGAAAGGGAAGUAUUUGUAUUAUUCAAGGGGAGGGGAUUAUUGUAAAGGAAUGAAUCAUUAUAUGUGGAGUUUCUUGUGUGGAUUAGGGGAAGCUAUGUAUUUGAACAGGACAUUUGUGAUGGAUUUGAGUUUAUGCUUAGCAAGUAGUUAUACUUCAAGUGGGAAGGAUGAGGAAGGGAAAGAUUUUCGGUAUUAUUUUGAUUUUGAGCAUCUUAAGGAGGUGGCAUCAAUUGUAGAAGAGAGUGAAUUUUUGAGAAAUUGGAAGAAAUGGGAUCGCGCUCAUAAGAAGAAAUUGCCAGUUAGGAAGAUUGUGACACAUAAGAUGACACCAAUGCAAUUGAAGAAAGAUAGGAGCACAAUUAUAUGGAGGCAGUUUGAUGCUCCGGAGCCAGAAAAUUAUUGGUACCGGGUGUGCGAAGGAGAAGCUUCAAAGUACAUUCAGAGGCCAUGGUAUGCACUUUGGAAAUCAAAGAGGUUGAUGAACAUAGUUACAGCUAUCAGUGGGCGAAUGGACUGGGAUUUUGAUGCAGUUCAUGUGGUUCGAGGAGAGAAAGCACAGAAUAAGGAACUCUGGCCUCAUUUGGAUGCUGAUACUUCACCUGAUGCACUCGUUGCAAAGCUUCAAGGCAUGAUUCAGCCUUGGAGGAAUCUGUAUAUUGCAACCAAUGAGCCAUUCUACAAUUACUUCGAUAAAUUGAGAUCUCACUUUAAGGUUCAUUUGCUUGAUGAUUACAAGGAGUUGUGGGGUAAUACCAGUGAUUGGUACAAUGAAACAGUGCUGUUGAAUAAUGGACGGCCGGUUGAGUUUGAUGGGUACAUGAGAGUUGCAGUGGACACUGAGGUUCUUUACAGGGCAAAGACACGUGUUGAAACAUUUUAUAAUUUGACGAGCGACUGCAAGGAUGGGAUCAAUACAUGCUAACAAGUUGUGUUAAAAAUCUGUGCUUUGUGAGGGUGAGUGAGUCAAGCUACAGGGGUUUUGUUUGAAUUUGCUUCAGCAGAAUUCAAGUAUUAGUAAACAACUCGAUUGACAUGCCGAAUUCAAACUCGAACUGGAGCUGAUUUGAAAUUUGUUUGAGUUUGAGUUUGAUACUAAUAAAUAAAUUUAUAUAUCCUUUUAAUGAUUAAUCGAGUUAGAGUUAAUUU